UCCACUGUCAUCUGUCAGAAUCACAUUUAAACCGCAAAGUGCAAGAUGAUGCAAGAUGUUCUUCCAAUGAAAAAUGAGAGACCUUAUUGAAUUUCCCUUACGUAUACGUUAGCAAACUGGCGCCUUAUAAAGUGAAGUGUAACAGGACCUCUAAUAACAAACGCAUUCCAAAGUUUUCAGUGCACUAUAAAGAGGUUACAUGUAAUAUUACUAAAAUGACUUUUCCUGAUGAAAAUGGGUUUCCCACCGGCCGAUCAGCACGUGAAAAUCAAGCCGGUGGAAUAUCGAUUAAACAGGCAUUUGAUGAUGGGGGUAUAAAAGCGGGUGCCGCGCGUGCUAUGCGCGUGGCCUAUGGCGUGCUAUCACGUCGUAAAGCCGCCGAGGAGGGUGUAGCCAGGCUCGCUCGAGUGCUGUCAGCGCUUGACCUGACCGCGCUCGGCGUUGGCAGCACGCUGGGUGUGGGGGUGUACGUGCUGGCUGGGGACGUUGCUAAGAACUACGCGGGGCCAGCGGUGGUGCUGUCGUUUCUGUUGGCGGCUGUUGCUAGCGUGUUUGCGGGUCUAUGUUACGCGGAAUUCGGAGCUCGUGUGCCCAAAGCUGGCUCCGCUUACGUGUACAGUUAUGUGUGCGUCGGCGAGUUUAUCGCCUUCAUCAUUGGAUGGAACCUUAUACUUGAAUAUAUUAUUGGUGCGGCAUCAGUAACAAAAGCGCUAAGUGAAUACCUAGAUUCCUUGCUGGGUAAAGCCAUAUCAACCCACUUGUAUGAGUGGAUGCCGAUGGAUUCACCACACUUGGCCAAAUACCCGGAUAUCUUCGCUUUUAGCGUCAUUAUGGUGUUUUCUGUUGCGCUCGCAUUUGGUGUGAAAGAGUCGACGAAGUUCAACAAUUUCUGCACGGGUGUCAACCUGUGUGUUGUGCUGUUUGUCAUCAUAUCUGGCUCUUUUAAAGCGGACACAAAGAACUGGCGUAUCCCUGCGUCAGAAGUGCCCAAGUCCUCUACGAAGGACUUUGGCACCGGGGGCUUCGCCCCGUACGGGCUUGCUGGCAUCAUACGAGGGGCUGCGGUUUGCUUCUAUGGUUUUAUUGGUUUCGACUGCGUAGCAACAGCUGGUGAAGAAGCGCGUCGUCCACAGAAAAGCAUCCCAUUCGCGGUGGUGGCUUCACUUCUGAUCGUGUUUCUGGCAUAUUGUGGCGUUUCCUCUGUGCUUACACUCAUGAUGCCGUAUUAUAUGCAGGAUGAAAAGGCACCUUUCCCCUUCGUGUACGAUCAGCUCGGUUGGAGCUGGGCCAAGUAUGCUGUUAGUGUUGGUGCUAUUUGUGCUCUGUGUUCCAGUCUGCUAGGUGCAGUGUUCCCCCUCCCGCGUAUAAUAUACGCGAUGUCAUCGGACGGGCUGCUGUUCCAAUUUAUGGGCAGAGUUAGUGAGAAAUAUCACACGCCGCUUGUUGGUACCGUUGUUGCUGGGCUUUUUACUGGAACAUUGGCGAUGAUAUUCGAGUUGGAGCAGCUCAUCCACAUGAUGUCCAUCGGCACGCUGCUCGCUUACUCCAUGGUGGCUUCUUGUGUUCUGCUGCUUAGAUACGAGCGCAGUCAAAGUGUCCACCGCACACCAGAAGCACUAAACCUAAGUGCGAAAGCGUGGUGUCGACAAUUGUUCAAUUUGGAUAAUAUCACCGCGCCGAAUAGACUCAGUUCUGCGUUGGUGGCCGUACUUGUUACACUAUAUGGUGUAUGGUGCUUCAUAAUGAUGGGCAGCAUCAACUCCCACGGCGACGCUAUCCUCCGUGGUGAAGUGGGGCCCACAGCAGCGGUGGUGGUGGGUUCGAUUCUCGUCGUGAGCACGCUGUACGCGUUGUCAAGGCAACCCGUGUCAGAAAAGAAGUUGGCGUUUUCGGUCCCUUUGGUGCCGUGGUUGCCGGGUCUCAGCAUACUGAUCAACGUGUACCUCAUGCUGAACCUGGACUACAUGACGUGGGUUCGAUUCGCGGUCUGGAUAGCGGCUGGUCUCCUAAUAUACAUAACGUACGGCGCGUGGCACAGCUCAGAAAGGCGGCGCACGAUUGACGCUGUCCAACUCGCUGACCUGCACAAUGACAGUCAGACAGCGCUGUUACAGCACAACACGCUGACCCACGCGCUCGGCUGACAGUCAGCGCUGACCGAGCCAGUGGUCAGCCCCAGUAGCACGGUGGUAUCCUUCGUAUCUAGUAUCUAGUUUACUGAAUGACAGUAAAUGCUGAGAUGAUGAUGAAAAUGUACGUUAAAAUGGAUAGAUUCAAUUUUUGACAUGUAAUGCAAAUAUACUCGAAUAUGUAUGAAAGACAGUUUAGAAAUUUUAAUUUAAAUAACUUAAAUUUAACUAAGAAUUAAUAAUUGAGAAUCUACUUUUUUUCAGCAUCGGCUCUAGAUUUAAUUGCUGUGUACAAAUUUGCAUUUUACUCAUUUUUAUGUUGUAACACUGCCAAUGUAUGAAACAUUAAUAAUUAUUUAUGAAAUUUCAAACUGAUCUGCUAUUGUUACCAUUUUAUAAGUUGAAAUAUAUAUGUAAAUUAUAAGUCAUAUAAAUAAACUUGACGAUUUAGCACACUUUUCUCUCAUACAAAACACUCUCAAUUGAAUACAUGUUAUGUAGAUAAUAUAUUUUUCUUAUACUUGUAUGAAUAUUAAGCACAUAAUAUAACCAACUGUAUUUUUUUCACGAAUCUCUAUUGUUCCUUUAUUUACCAAAGUAUUAACAUCUGAUGUAUUACCAAAGUACUUAUUUGUCUCUACUUUAUAUUAUAUAUGACACGUAACACGACUAAAUAUAUAUUUUAAUAUCGACUUUGUACCCCCGUUAUAAGGUGUAGUUUCGAAUGUCAAAUUUGUUUGCUUUAUAUAAAGUUAUUAAUGGAUUAUUUUUAAUAUGUACUUAAUUAAAAAAAUGUGUGCAUGUACACACGUAAGAAGUGAAACUUCUUUAUGACCUUAUUUUUCAUAAAAUAUGUAGAAAAAAUAAUUUACUACAUAUUUUAUGCAAGUUUACAGAAAUACGUCGAAUCACGCUUGGUAAAAUUUUUUCCAACCCCGAUAAAGAAGUUUCACUUCAAAAUUGUGAAUGAAAAAUCAUUUCUGUAUAAGUUGACAAAAAUUAUGAUAAUGCUGUGAAAGUUUGAAACUACAAUAUUAUUGAAGGCAAAAAUAUUGUAUUUUUCAUACCUUUAGUUGUAGACGUUUUGUAGUAAAAAUAAUGUAUUAGUACAAUUUAUAUAUUUAUUGUAAGUGUAAUAUCAAUAUAUUUGUAAGUUAAUAAACUUUAAGGAUAAUUAAUUUUGUAGUAUAAAAUAUAGAUCUGUGAGGAAGCAUUAUGAAAUAUCUCAGAAGAAAAGGUGUCUCAGAAUGAUUGAACUAUUACGAACAAUAAUAACAACAAAAUGCUAAUUGUAAUUGUUUAUUUAUUGAUACCAAGACGAAGGCAAGACUUGUCACUUUUAAACAUAACACAGAUAAAAAAAAGAGUGUGUGUACUUAUGUACACGCGUUAGAAGUUAUACUUUGGAGUAUGGAAAAUACUUGAAUAUACAACUUGAACAUA